CGCCAACUCAGCACACUCCUAGCUAAUGGCCUCCUUCUUCUUCUUUUAACACAUUAAAUUACACACUCGCUCCUUUUCCACACUCAGGAAAUGGAUCCGACCGGCACCACUCGCCGGACCCGGAAAUUCCCGCCGAAGCCCGACCUCUACUCCACUGUAGUUGUCCACGGCGACGACGAUUCCACCUCCGAAUCCGACCAUCGCCGCGCCAGCUCCAAGAGUCCGGCGGACCAGGAACCCGACCCGUACGCCACAUUCGUCUACAAGAACAAUGCUCGCGAUGAAGACGACGACUCCUCCCUCCCUCCGCUCCUCAAGCGCCUCCCCAAGGACUUCGGCGGCGGCGCCUCCCUCAAUUACUUCGACGACGACGACGACGACGACGCUGGCGAUUUCGGCACCAUGAUCGUCCGCAACCGCACCACGCGGCGGUCACGUGACUGGGGGAGCCGUGCCGCGGAGGAGGAUGAGGACGACGGCGACGGAGGGGGAGGAGAGUUCUCGACGUUUGUGAUGAGGCCGAGUGAGAGAGAGUCGUCGCUGACCGGGACGGUGAGGAGGAACAGCGCCGGAGGGAACUCCACGAUGAGUAGAGCCGUCGCGAGUAUGCAGGCCUCCGGCGACGGGAUGGGGAAGCAGCGGAAGAGCAGCGCCGCCUCGUCGCAGAACGAGGAGGCUCGCCAGAAUAUGAAAAUGUCGACCAGUUCUAUACCGGAAAGCGUCACCAGAGAAGAUCCGACUACUAAGUAUGAGCUGCUCAAUGAGCUUGGGAAGGGGUCUUAUGGUGCGGUUUAUAAAGCUAGGGAUCUGAAGACUUCCGAAAUGGUGGCGAUCAAAGUCAUCUCAUUAUCUCAGGGGGAGGAGGGGUAUGAAGAGAUUUGUGGCGAAAUCGAGAUGCUGCAGCAAUGCAGUCACCCCAAUGUGGUUCGGUACUUGGGGAGUUACCAAGGGGAAGAGUAUCUUUGGAUUGUGAUGGAGUAUUGUGGAGGUGGAAGUGUCGCUGACUUGAUGAAUGUUACUGAGGAUGCUUUGGAGGAGUAUCAAAUUGCGUACAUUUGCAGGGAAGCAUUGAAAGGCCUUGCUUAUUUGCACUCGAUUUUCAAGGUCCACAGAGAUAUCAAGGGUGGUAAUAUUCUGUUGACUGAACAAGGAGAUGUCAAAUUGGGUGAUUUUGGGGUCGCAGCACAGCUUACAAGGACCAUGUCAAAGCGCAAUACGUUCAUCGGGACUCCGCAUUGGAUGGCUCCAGAAGUUAUUCAGGAAAGUCGCUAUGAUGGAAAGGUGGAUGUAUGGGCUCUUGGUGUUUCUGCAAUCGAAAUGGCGGAGGGACUUCCUCCAAGAUCUGCAGUGCAUCCAAUGAGGGUUCUAUUCAUGAUAUCCCUUGAGCCAGCUCCAAUGCUUGAGGAUAAAGAAAAAUGGUCUCUCGUGUUCCAUGAUUUUGUGGCAAAGUGCCUGACCAAAGAACCUCGUCUACGCCCUACUGCAGCUGAGAUGUUGAAGCACAAAUUCAUCGAAAAAUGCAAGUGUGGUCCAUCUGCAAUGGUCCCAAGGAUUGAGAAGGCCAGGCAAAUUAGGACCUCCAUGGCCUUGCAAGCUCAAAAUGACGCUCCAGAUGAACUGGAAGAUGGUACACUUGAAGCUCCCAAAGUGAAUGAAGACUAUGGUGAUACUGUUCCUUCAAGGCCUCUAGGGGCAAAUGAAGUGCCUACAGGCAGCACAAUGAUGAAGCAACAUCUGGCUGGUAUUGGGGAGCAUGCAGAGGAAGGUAAUUUUGGCACUGUAGUAAUUCAUGGUAGAGAUGAAACAGAUGAGGCUGGUACUCAGACACAAAGUUUUAAUUCCAAAGAACAUUCACCUUCUGCUGGACUUGGCCCGUCCAGUGCUGGUACAUUGGUUAAAUCAAGCCAAGUCAGGUUGGGAGAUGAGAAUAACACGUCGAUUGGAGUUCCAAAUACAGUUACACAGACUAAACAUGCGUUUUCUUUAUCAAAUUUUAGCUCUCCUGAGCCGAACUUGAGAAAAUGCAGAUCUCAACCACAGGUUGGCAGUCUGACUAUAAGUGGUGGCACAGUGAAGAAUGAAACUGUGAGCCGGAAAGCUUUUGCGGUGCAAGAUAAGCUUUGGUCCAUAUAUGCAGCUGGUAAUACCGUGCCUGUUCCAUUUUUAAGGGCAACAGAUAUAUCCCCCAUUGCUCUCUUAUCAGAUAAUGUGAUUGGAGGCAUGCAUCGAGAUAAUAGUGGAACUGGUGCUAUAGAUGCACUACAGGAGCUUUUUACUGGUGAUACACAGUCUAAAAAGGGACGAAGAGGACAAAAUGAGAUGCCCCUUCCUCAAAGUGUUUACAAAAGACUGCUUUCAAGUCCAACCCUAAUGAAUCUCACACAAGCUUUAGCCUACCACAAGACGUGCUAUGAAGAUCUGCCUCUCCAAGAAAUGCAAGCAACUCAAGAACAACAGACUAUUCAAAAUCUUUGCGAUACAAUAAGAACUAUUCUUCGUUUGUAGCCAUAUAUAUAUAUAUAUAUAUAUAUAUAUAUAUAUAUAUAUUCGGACAAUGUAAUGAUGCAUAAUUUGUUUCUUUCCAUCAAUGGCGGUGGUAUUAGUUGAGGCUAGAUAAUCUAAGGUAGAGAAGCUGGGUAGCAAUACAGAGUAGUCUUUAGUUCUGGCCUAUGUUGUCUUUGUGUAGCCUAUUAAGUAAAUAACUUGGUAGAUCACAGCCAGACUGAUAAUUUUGUCGAUAUGAAAGUUGUCA